CAGAUUCGCGCCCCUAUUUUUGCUUCGCCAGGAACUCAGCUGAGAGACUGAGUGGUCUAGACCUUAUUUUGAUGACCAUUAAACACCGAUGGCCCUGUCAAUCUACAAGUACUUAAAUCCAGGAUGGUAAGCUUAUCGCCAGGAUGAUUGUUGGAGCUCAGGCCAUCUUCUCCCAAGUACCGUCCCUCAGGACUUCAUAAUAUAUAAUCCCUCCAGUAUACGGAUAGUUACUACUUGAAAGGCCAUUACUAUUGAGUUCACAAUGCCUAACGUCUCGCAGCCGGCCCUAGCCGGAUUAUCAGCACUCGAGAGGCUACCAGUGGAAAUUAUCCAAGAGAUCUUCCUCCACUGUCUCGAGGUCAACCUCCCACGAGCCUCCAUCCACAUUGCCCGGGCUCUCUCCAACACGGUCCUAUACACCUGGGUCAUUCGCUAUGUCUUCAGCAGCACCAACGAAAGCGCAAGACGGGAUUUCUUUACACCUGAUUUUCUUCCCUGGCCUCUUGAUGUUUUCUCCAUCUCUCCCAAUGAGAGGAAGAACCUGCAAACCGUCAUCCUCGGUUGUCGCUGGUGUACACUACCUCUGAUCCGCAAGUGCCAGAGGGACUACAUCGAGCACACGAUCCGCCGCAAGUGUCUACAGCUAGACUUAUCACCGGAAGACCGCCAGAUCCUCACCAAUAUUGGCGAACACUUCGACAACGAUCAACAUCUCACGCCUGAUGACACGAUCCAUGCUCAUCGCGGCAAAGGCGACCUAAUCCUCAAAGGCAAAAUUCCAAAGUCGGAUGUGGACUGCAAAGUUGCAGUGUGGUUCGAAGCUGGCGCAGUCCAGAUCCGUCCUUCCAGUGAGAUCUACCAGGAGACCGACAUCUUCCGGCUACCAUGCUUCGCAGCCAACCUACCAGUCCAGGUCCCGGACAAGAUACUUUUUCCUCCUUGGACCGACUCUAAACUGGACUUCCUCGAGCUACUCUCAAUGGACGGCUAUCUUGACGAGGACCCCGAACACCCGCGGGCGAAGCGGAUCCUCCGACAGACGAUCCGAGACCGCGACCUCGCAACGUUCAAGCGAUUGCUGAGCAUGCGGAUUCGGGUGCCGUGGUACAAGUACCCCAUUCGGUGGCCGGUCCUGCCAAAUCACUUCUACGUGGCUUUGAAGUAUGCGGACGAGGUGGAGGACCCUUUCGUCCGGUUGCUGGUGAGUCAGCGAUGGGAGGAUAUCCCAUCUGACGACUUUCAGCUCAAGGAUCAAUUGAUGGCUAAACUUGGGACAGGCAUCUCGGGAUAAAUUGCCAGGAUGACCUCAGUCCGCAGGACAUACACGAUAUACAACUACGGGGUACGCGUAUUUUACUUCGACAUUUCAUAAAAUGGUGAAAGAUUUCAUUGCUCGAUAUGGAGACACAGGAUAUCAGGCACAACAAAUAAGAUGAGAAGGAAACGCAGCAGCAAUCCAAAGGAACCACAAAAACUCCGAACUGAUAUCCAUAUUCAUAUCCGUCAUAACGUCAUGGCGUUCAAGGUCAAAGGUUGAGGUCAAGGUCGGACAUGUCGCGUGUUUAACUAAUGUCAGACCCUUGACCUCCGCGUUCUUCUCCUCCUUCCACCACAGGAUCCGCAAGUCAGGCACGAGAUGAUCACGUCGAAGAGGGUAACGACACCGUCGAUGAUGGCUUUGCAGACAGCACCGAUCGUGUUGACGAUGCCCAUCAGGCAAGCGCCGAUGGCGUGGAAGAUACUAGUGAU